AACAAAAAAUCGUCGUCGUCGUCUUCUGUCCAGUCUCGUCGACAAGAUCCCACUAAGCGAGCGAGAGAGAGAGAAGGAACUCGAAGCGGAGGACCAACAAUGGCGGCCGUUCAACAGCAGCAAGCGAUGCAGAAGAAUACGUUGUAUGUAGGAGGUUUAGCUGAUGAAGUAAACGAAUCGAUCCUCCACGCCGCUUUUAUACCUUUCGGCGACAUCAAGGACGUGAAGACGCCGUUGGACCAGGCGAAUCAGAAGCACAGAUCCUUCGGAUUCGUCACUUUUCUUGAGAGAGAAGACGCUUCCGCCGCCAUGGACAACAUGGACGGUGCUGAGCUAUAUGGUCGUGUUCUCACCGUCAAUUAUGCCCUCCCCGAGAAAAUCAAAGGUGGAGAACAGGGUUGGGCCGCGCAUCCACUAUGGGCAGAUGCAGACACAUGGUUUGAGAGGCAGCAACAAGAAAAGGAGAUGCUGAAGAUCCAAGCCGAGAACAAGGCUGCGAUGGAGACUGCCGAGGAACUUCACAGGAAGAAACUGGCGCAAGACCGACAAGGCGAGAUGGAAGAAGAUACAGAUAUCAAAGAUGAUCCUAUGGCCAGAGCCGAGGCCGAUGCUCUAAGCCACGGCAACUAGUCCCGGUUCCAACACUAUCUUCGUGUGAGAUUAGUUUGUUUUUUUUAAUUUGCGCACCAUGUUUUGUUAUAGUUACUAGAGUUGAGUAGUAUGUUAAAACUUGCAUGGUUCGAAAUGUAAAAACUCAUGUUUCUAAACCGGAUGUUCUUCAUACAAAAAGGGUCAUCACAGAUGAAAAUAUC